AUGAAAGAUGCAGCAGGGGGCAGUACAUCAGUGCUGUCACCUCAACAGCCACAGACAGUGGCGUCGGCAAACAGGAACCAGUCCUAUGUCCUUCUAGCAACCGCUUGGGUUUCCAUCAAGGCCAAUAACGGAAGGUCUUGCGAGUUUAAAGCUAUUUUGGAUUCCGGCUCACAGAUUAACAUCGUAUCAGAGCGAUUAGUGCAGAGGUUGGGCAUUGCGCCCAUAGAAGCGUCUCUCUGCAUCGAAGGUGUUGGUGGAAGAGCAAAGAAUUAUAAUCAAAGAGUAAACGUGGAGAUUCAGUCGCUAACAAGCAGUUUUCGGACGCGGCUGAUAGCGUUUGUGUUACCAAACAUAGUUCCACCACAACCAAGCACAGACAUCGACGUGUCAUCAUGGCCUAUACCGGAAAAUAUAAAAUUAGCAGAUCCAUACUGUUACAAUACAAGCAAAAUAGACGUACUGCUUGGAGCAGAAUUUUACUUCAAUCUGAUUUUGUCACAAGAGAUUCGUAUGUCCAAAGAGCUACCGAUAUUGAAAAACUCGAAACUGGGCUGGAUUGCUGGUGGAAAGGUCAAUGCAAAAUCAGAAACAACCACGUGUGCAGUAUUCGGAGAAGAUGAUCGGGCAUUGGAAGAAUUAUUAAAAAGGUUUUGGGAACAAGAUGAUGUAGGCGAAGACCAGAAAAUUACCCUAGCAGAUGAAAGGUGUGAGAAUCACUUCCACCAAAAUGCAAUAGUCAAUGAAGAUGGUCGUUUUGUUGUACGAUUGCCAUUUGCAGAUGAUGCAGAUAAACUAUCCGAGUCCCUCAAUAUUGCAACGUCCAGAUUCUUCUCAUUGGAGCGGCGCUUAUCGAAGGAUGCGAGUCUUCGAGAGCAAUACGUCAAAUUUAUGAAGGAGUAUGAAGAGCUGGGACAUAUGACAAAAAUACAAUCGAGAGAGGUGCGCGGCAGCCACUACUAUAUCCCACACCAUUGUGUCCUUCGCCCAGAUACUAGCACAACUAAAUUGAGAGUCGUGUUCGAUGCAUCCU